GUUACCGAGCGAGCAGAGUAAGCGAGCGGUGGCCAUGGCGGAGCAGCCACCGCCAUGUCCCAAAGAGACUCUCCCCGAGAGGACUCCUGAACUGCCGAACGCUGGAAAGUUGAGUCCAGCGGGCAACACGGUUGCGAGUUGUCUCAAAGAGACACCCAAGCCUGUUACUCCCACUGCUGUACGAAAGUUUCGAAAUACAACAGAUCCAGCUCCUGGUGCUAAAAUAAUAUUCUACGGCAGUGCAGAUGAUCCUGACAUUGCAACAGACUUGACUCAUGGCAUAAAGUCAACCUCCCAGUGCAGUGUAGCUUCUUUGAUAAGUCCAGUUGCUAAAAGUGAAUUUCAAGAAAAGAUGCAGGACAUGAAAGAAGCAAUUUACUCCAGUAAUCGUGAAACACCUUUGGGUAAAUCACAUGAUCAAUCUUUGAAGUUACCUGAGGGCUUGGAUAUAAUUAAAACUACAUUUGGAAUGAAAGUCUUCAAAGAUUUAACAGCUGGAGAGCUUGUCAAUCCACCAAAAACCUUUGAGGAAGUGGAUAAAGAAGCGAGAGAAGGACAUGAUUUAUAUGUUCUCUCACAUGAGGAUUAUUAUGUGGGGGAAUCAGUCAAUAGGAAGUAUAACUCACACUUUGACAAGUCUUUUGUUUAUGGAAUGGAAACCCCUCACUAUGAAGAUGGGCGAAAUACAGCCAAGACCUUCAAUUGGGCCUUUGACCUGGAUUCGAAGAGAGGACCAAACCUUGUGUCAAAACGAAGUGAUGAUUUCAAGGAAAAAUACCAGCCUCUGAUUGGAAAAGUUUUUGAUCCUAUAGCAGAUACUAUGAAUGUUCCCCCAGACCAUACAUUUGGAUUGGUGGCCCGUCCAGAUGAAUAUGAUGUUCAUGAUCUUCUUCAUGUCCGGGUUCCAUGUGAGUUCCUCUGUGGGAAGGACAGAGAAAGAGUUAUCUUGAUGGCAGUUCGAGAAAGUCUGAAGAAAGCUAACUAUAGGAAUUUUGAUGUGUUACUAGAAGCAUUAAGACAUUUUGAUAAGAAUGGUGAUGGAAUGAUACACAAGGACAAGCUACGAAAGAUCUUUUCUCAGCUGAAUGUGAAUCUGGAUGAUGAGCUCCUGGAAAUCUUAUUUGACUGCUGUGAUUUGGAUAAGGAUGGUCUGAUUAAUUACCGGGACUUUGCGAACUUUCUGAACUGGAAAGAUAAAAUGGGUGUUAAAGAGUUUGAAGAAAAAAUAAUUACAAAAGGGAAAAAAUUAGAUGCCUAUCUUCCCAAAGACACACAGAAAGAGGAUAAACCACUGCCAGAACAGAAAGAUCUUGAGUUAAAAGAACGAGAAAGCUCAGAAAAGAUGCCAAAACCACUUACAAGAUCAACAGACCGUGUAUAUACGAAUUAUCAAACAUCAUCUUCUCAGUAUAAUGCUGUAGUUGGUGGUAUCCCAGCAUCCUGUUAUCCAUUGUGUGGUGUUCCAAGUAUUCGUUCAGAUAUUCCUGCUCCUCAAGUUUGUCGCCUCAGUGACACGACUAAUUAUGGUGACCAGGGCAGUAGUUUUUCACUUCUGUACCCUUCUGUCUUCAGUCAAAAGGGAGUAUAUGAAAAACACCUUUUAAAAAAGAGACCAAAGGCAGAGAUUAAACAAAUUCUCCACAAUAUGGGCAUGAAUACUUCAGAUGAAAGGUUUGAAGAAAUAUGGAAGCAAGUGUGUACAAAACAUGAGAUACAAGAGCUUUGUGAUUGUGAAGAAAGUAUGUGGAAUAUACUGAAUAAGAUACAUGAAUCAGGCAUAGAAUUCUAGUCUCUGGACACUGCUUUUAUUUAACAUUAGUCAUAAUUCUGGUGCUGAAUAAAAAAACCCCAAAUAUUUAUAUGUGUAUUGUCUUUCUGAGUAGUGGGUUCACCACAUAUAUGGAUCAUUGCGUUUGGUAGGAACUGGUAUCCAUGCUUGUAAAUGUAGUACCAAUAUUUACAAAUAUAUCCCAUUUUUCAUUUAUUUAAAUUUAUUUUUUUCUCUUAUAAGUGGAAAAACCCUUUAAAAAGUGCUAAAAAUAAAUGUUUCAGAUAUUCAAGGCCUGUCAAAGAUUAUUAUCAUAUCAUGGCAUUUUCCCUUUCUUCUCAUGUUCCAUAAUUCUUGUCAACAGAGAUCUGAUUGUGGCAAAGUAUUUGAGAUGUUUGACCAUUCAUGUGUGAAAGUGCUUUACAGUCCAAUAGUAAGAAAGGUAAAUAGCAGGAGGUGUGGGAUCUGAAGUGUUGUCAUGAAAUAGACUCCAUAAAAACCUAUAGGGUAAGAAGUGCCAGGAAUGAAUGUCCAGUUUGUGGUAGAGGGCUCCUAUUCCUUAUGCAACCUUAUGACUCUUACUUAAUAGUAUUCAGCUUUCAUAAUGAGGAAAAAAGUAUGGAUAUUGAGAGGUGUUUAUGUAAUAAACCUUACAUUGCUGAGUAGUCAGAAAAGUUUAUGAGGGCUUUCAGAGAGCCCUCAUUUCAUUUUUGACCAGUGUGGUUUCUUGGAAAGAGGGAGAGUCAUUAAUAGAAAACCCUUAACGAUUAUUAUGCAAAUCUCAAUGAAUAGAUGUAAAGUCCAAUAAGAAUAAAUAAUGGAAAGAAAAUAAUAUGAAAACAUGCAACUGUGAGUGGGAAUGUUCACUCUUACUACUGAACUUUGAUGUAAAACAGAUGGAAAUUGUUCACUAUUAACAGUGAGAAGUAUUACUUCUAGGCUCUCUAAUGCAAAUGAAAGAUCCUUGUCCAAUGUAAUCUUAAUAUACAGGAUUUAAGGAAGGAUGCUAUUUUGUCACCUAUUAGUGUUUUAAAUACCUUAGUAAGAUUCGGAGAACGUUACCAGCCAAAAGUGUUACUGAGUUUUACAACACAAGUAAAGGUUUCUUUUGUUAAAUACUAGAAAUGCGCAUGUAAUACCAGCUUAAUGUUUUAGUUCCUUCUUCUGUCGUGUUUAAGAUUCCUCUUUUGCCUAUGUUCUAGGAGCUGGUCAUUUACAUGUAACUUGCUUGUUACAUGAGAUCUGCAAGUCAGACCCUUUUGUACAUUAUUUUUGUAGCAUUAACAGCAACUGUCUUACAUCAAGUAGAAACAAUUUGCUUUCUGGUAUCUUCAAGGAGCAGGUGGUGGAAAUGCUGCUGGAUGAAGGCAACUACUUUCCUGCUGGAGAGAAUUACUUCAGAAAAAACGAAAUAUUUUUCCUCUUCAAUAGAAGAUUUUAGAUGAAAUACUCAAGCUCACGUCAGGGGAAAAUGAAAAAAACUUACUGGAUCUGUGUGUAUGUAUUUAUGUAUGUGUAUACAUGAGAUCUGUUCUGUUUGUUGAGCAGCUUGAAAUUCUGUGAACUUUUUUUUUUAUUCUACCAUGAAGUACUUGCACUCCUCUUUCAGUAGAAUCCUUUCCUUUGUCAAUGAAAUUGAAUUAAUGUUGUUCUUGGUCAGUCUGCUAAAUACAUUCUGAGUAAA